UUUCGCAACUAUAAACGACAUUGGUCGCAAGAGAUUCUAAAGUUCAAAGAGAUCUACGGCCCUGUGUUUACCCUAUGGAUUGGUUGCGUGCCGUUUGUAUUCAUAUGCGACAUCGAUAUGGCUCGCGAUGCGUUUGGCAUCGGUACACCAUUUAAGCCCAACCUCUAUGUAUACAACUUAACUGUCAGUAUAAUGGGUUCCAUAUUAUUCAGCAAAAAAAUUGGCAUCAAUCAGCCGGAACUGCACAAAUAUAAAUACCUAACCACAGAUUUUCAAACUGAUCUUGUUAUCGCCGCUAAACACGAGGCCAUUGCCGACGACAAGCAAACGGCACAAUACCUAACCGAUGAUAAUCUUGUGACUACAAUGUGUGGUCUCUUGAAUGCUGGCGUGGAGACAACGCAGGACACAAUGCAAUGGAUAAUGCUAUACAUAGCCUAUUACCCCGAUUAUCAGCAAAAGUUACGCAACGAGAUUAGCCGUGAGAUCGGCGAUCGGGUGCCAGUGGUUGAGGACAAGUCACGGCUCAACUAUACGCUCGCGUUUAUGACCGAAAUAUUACGGCACAGGAAUGCAGUGCCGAUUGGAAAUUUUCACCGAACUGUUGUCGACACACAACUGGGCAAUUAUCAGUUUCCCAAACAUACCCUGGUGUUUGCGCAUCAAGGCUGUAUUAUGACCGAUUCAAAGCACUGGACAAAUCCGGACAAAUUUGAGCCAGAACGCUUUCUUGACGAGCAUGGUCAAUUUAUGGAUACAAAACCGGGCGCUUAUAUACCGUUCGGUUUGGGUCGGCGCGUGUGUCCGGGCGACACAUUAGGCUAUAAUGAGUUAUUUUUGUGCCUGGUCAAUAUUUUGCAAAUGACCAGUAAAUACAGCAUUGAAUUGCAUAGCGAUGAGGGGCUCGAGUCCGAUAUAGUAUCGUAUUUUGGUAAAGCCGUGUUAAUAACUGGUUGUGACACUGGUUUUGGUCACAGACUGGCGCUGCGUCUCAAUGAACUCGGGUUUCGGGUCUACGCGACCGUCAUAUCCGAGUCCAGUGCCGGCGCACAGCAGUUGACCUCUAAGGCACAGUUUGCCAACAAAAUGCAUGUCAUAGGCAUGGAUGUGACCAAACAUGAUCAAGUUAAAAAGGCAUACGACUAUGUAACAUUGCAUUUAAACGAGAAAGGCCAUGGUGAUUACCUGUGGGCUUUAGUCAACAACGCCGGGGUUAUGGCUGAGGGUCCCUUAGAGUGGGGAUCACCCGAACAGUACGAACUGGUAUUUGACGUAAAUAUGUUUGGACCGAUACGAGUCACUCGUACUUUCCUACCCCUCAUCCGCAAAUCAAAAGGUCGCAUAGUAAACAUGGUAAGCAUAAUGGGCCGAUUCUCGGUCAGCCCAUUCGUCUGGUACUGUAUGACCAAACACGCAAUGAUAGCCUUCUCGGACACAUUACGCCGGGAAAUGCGGUCAUUUGGUGUACGUGUGGUGACUGUAGAGCCGGCGGGCUUUCGCACCGGUCUGGCCGACGAAUCCAACAGGUUAUCAUCCCUGUGCCGACUUUGGCGCAAAACUGCGCCAGAAAUUCAAAACGAUUAUGGUUUUAAUACCGAAGACAACUUGCAAAAGAUACUUGAUCAAACGAAUGACAAUUUUAAACCGGGUACUAAUCUGGAUAUUGUGGUCAAUGAUUUGUGCGAUGCCGUACAUAAUGCUGAGCCCCGGGUUAGAAAUUACGCCAAAACAGAGGCAUUGUCCGAAGUGGUGGCCAUAAAUGUGCGCCAAAUGGUUAAUAGUAUUAUCAAUACUGAAGGCAUCGGUAAACCAUUUCCAGCCAAACUGUACGCAUACAAUCUGUUCGCCAAUAUCUUGGGCUCAGUUGUAUUCAGCGAAAAGUUCGACAUUGAACAACCAGAGUUGAAAAAGUUUAAAUAUAUCACCACCGACUUUCAAACUGACCUGGGCAGCUCCAUGUUUGUUUACGAGUUUAUACCGAUUGCGCGCUAUUUUAUGGCAAACCCUUUGGCUAAAUAUGAACAAUACUUCAACGAAAUGAUGAAUUAUACGCGAAAUAUAUACCAAAAACACAGCAAAACUUAUGACAGCAAAUGUUUGCGUGACUUUUGUGAUAUACUUAUCGCCGCUAAACACGAGGCCAUUGCCGACGAUAAACAGUCGGCACAAUAUUUUACCGAUGAUAACUUGUUGGCGACAUUAAGUGAUCUGUUUAUAGCUGGUGUGGAGACCUCGCAAAGUACAUUUAUGUGGAUAAUGUUAUUCAUGGCAUACUAUCCGGAUUACCAGGAUAAAUUACACAAUGAGAUCAAUCAUGAGAUCGGCGAUCGGGUGCCUGUAAUUGAGGACAAAUCUUGCCUUAACUAUACGCUGGCGUUUGUAUCCGAGAUAUUACGGUACAAAAAUCCUGCGCCGAUGGGUGUCCUUCACAAAGCUCUGGUCGACAAUAAAUUGGGUGAACAUCCAGUGCCAGAAGGAACUAGCUUGUUAGUUCAUCAGUCUUCGAUCAUGAUGGAUCCAAAACAUUGGACAAAUCCGGACAAAUUUCAACCAGAACGAUUUCUCGACGAGCAUGGUCAAUAUUUGCAAACAAAAUUCGCCGCUUAUAUGCCGUUUAGUUGCGGUCGCCGUAUAUGUCCGGGAGAGACGCUGGCUAUUAAUGAUUUGUUUUUAAUAUUAGUCAAUUUUUUGCAACUGACUAAGGAAUAUCGUAUUGAGUUGCAUACUGAGCAUGGUAAAAAUACACGG